GACAGUAGGGUCGUGUAUCGUGUCAGCACUCGCACGAAAAUGUUGGCCUCAAACUGGUUUUGCUUCGCUUUCUCCUGCUUUUUACAUGUGUCAAUGCUAACCGGUCAGCGUAUUUCCUUUAUCGUAACCUAUGCAGACCCCUCAGAAUACCCAUACGUGGUAAAGGUCAACAGGAUUGACGAAAACUCUCGGAACCGUACAGGAAUGCUUCUGGCCGUGAGCAGAAACUACUUAUUUUCAACAACGCUGAUAGCUGGAACGCAAAAGGAAAAUAUGAUUUUGACGGAUCAGCAAGGAAAUGUGCGGACCCCUUUCAGCGUCACUACGCUUGCAUCCUCUUUUGUCUACGUCAAAGUGUGCAAAAAGCUGGCACCUGGAAAGAAGUUCUCGAUGAGUGAGACGAGUUUCAAUAACCUCUCCACUACGGUCUCGAACGCUACUGUUCUUUUCUUCGAUGACGGCGACUAUUUGGAAAACCAUAUUCUCAAGAAAUUUGAACAAUCUACAAUUAUGAGCGUCGAAAAUUGCACUGCCACGUACGGCGCGGAAAACGCUGAAAAAUUCGCAUGCCUGGAGAAGGACGCGGCAUUAGGCUUUUGCACGUAUUUUACGGACUAUUUCGCAAACACCAAUCCACCGGCAUUCCGGCGAUAUGCGGCGCUUGCUGUCGACGGCCAGGUUCUUGCCUUUGAAAGCGACUCCGGUUGCGAGUGUUGUAACCAAGUUGCUGUUAGAACUAAAAUCGCCAACUACACGCGCAUCAGCUACCACCGCAAGGAAAUCAUCGCAGGAAUGCCCCCAGGAUCGAUAGAUAUUGUUUAAUGGCAUUUUAUGCAAAGUACUUUUCAAAUAAUAAAGAGAUUUGUGUGC